GCCGAAACCCUCAAAAUGAGCGGUGUUGUACUGCAUGGUUUGCUAAUGUCACCGGCUACAAUUUCCCAUCAUCACAGUCUUACCACGAUUUAUCGGGCAUUUCUAAGCCCUACCGGGACUGCCUGGCAAGUCACAAAACGGAUCUGAUAUGUCCACCUCCUCUUCCAGUCCGUAAGCUGUGGACUAUAAGUAUGGCAUAAUCCGGCUGAUGUGAUUUUGCCAAUCGUCCUCACAACCACCAUUACUUUGUCGCUCCUUUUUUCUAACACUUGGCCGGCCCAAGCUGUUCAUUCCAUUCUCUUCUUUGAAAUACGUCUUCACUCCUUGGACGCUUUUUUCCACCAUCUUUACAAUGUCUUUCUCUACCAACUCGAGCUGGGGACACUUCUUUUUCAAGGGCAGAGCCCUGGCCCUUUUGGUUGUUGGCAUUACUAUGCUGGUACUCUGCUUGAACUCUUGGACAAAGGUUCCUGUUAGCUCGAUUCAAAAUACCAUCUUGAGACGGAGCACCGGAACCAGUGAUACGGCUAUCUGGCAGCCAAAGACCGGAGUCAAAUGGCAGAUCCAACUAGAAAAUGCCGUAGAGGACAUCGCCAUCGCUGAUAUUUUCGACAUUGACCUGUUCGACAACACCGCCGCCAAGAUCUCUGAAAUUCACAAGCAGGGUGCCAAAGUUAUUUGCUAUUUCUCCGCUGGCACUUAUGAAGACUGGAGAACCGAUGCCAACGAAUUCACCGACUCUGAUUUCGGCAGUGCGCUCGAAGACUGGCCUGGCGAGCGGUGGCUCAACCUGCACUCAAGCAACGUCCGCAAAAUCAUGCAAUCCCGUCUUGAUCAGGCAAAACAAAAGGGCUGUGACGGUGUCGACCCGGACAACAUCGAUGCAUACGGCAAUGACAAUGGUCUUGAUCUGACCGAAGCCGACUCUAUCGACUAUUUGGAUUUCCUGGCAUCCGAGGCUCACUCGCGGGGUUUGUCCAUUGGGCUCAAGAAUGGAGGCGAUAUCAUCCCCUCGGUCAUUGAGAAGAUGCAAUGGUCGGUCAAUGAGCAAUGUGCGCAGUAUGACGAGUGCGAUGUCUAUGCAGCUUUCACGGAUGUGGGCAAGCCAGUCUUUCACAUCGAGUAUGCUGAUGAGAUUGAGGUCAAUAACAAGCUCAAAGUUCGUGCUGUGACGAGCUCGCAGAAGUCUGCCGCUUGUGACGCAGAGAGUGCUGAGAAUUUCUCGACCGUCAUCAAGAACAUGGAGCUGGAUGCAUGGGUUGAAUAUUGUUAGUGGGUUCGAGUCAAAUAGGGUGGCAGAUGAUGAAUGGGUCCCCUUGUGGCUACAUGGGAUGUGUAGUGCUUAUGUGCUUAUGUGCUUAUGAAGAAUGACUGGGUUGACGCAUCUUGGGAAUAGCAAUUUUUUCAAUGCUCUUGCAAUUUUUGACGAGCUGCAUCCAUGAUUGAGACUGAAGAAGUACUGUAGGGUCCAUUUAUUUUCCACUUUUUC